ACCGAAUCUAUAAAAAUGGGCGGGAGUGGAGUAGAAAGGAACAACAACAAACCCAAAACCCCAAAGAUGGGAACAAAAGCGAAGAUGGCAUCCUCUCUCACCGCCACUUUGGUGGUGGCACUGCUUGCUAUCUGCUUGCCUGCAAUAGCCAAUGCCAACUACCACUAUGCUUCUCCUCCACCACCCUACCACUACUCAUCUCCGCCGCCGCCGGUCCACUCCCCCCCACCUCCCUACGUCUACAAGUCACCCCCACCCCCACCCUAUGUGUACAAGUCUCCACCACCCCCACCCAAGCAUCACUACGUCUACAAGUCACCGCCGCCGCCGACGCCGGUGUACAAGUACAAGUCUCCACCACCCCCACCAAAGCACCCCUACGUGUACAAGUCACCACCGCCGCCGACGCCGGUGUACAAGUACAAGUCUCCACCACCACCACCCAAGCACCCCUACGUGUACAAGUCACCACCGCCGCCGACGCCGGUGUACAAGUACAAGUCUCCACCACCACCACCCAAGCACCCCUACGUGUACAAGUCACCACCGCCGCCGACGCCGGUGUACAAGUAUAAGUCUCCACCACCCCCACCCAAGCACCCCUACGUGUACAAGUCACCACCGCCGCCGACGCCGGUGUACAAGUACAAGUCUCCACCACCCCCACCCAAGCACCCCUACGUGUACAAGUCACCACCGCCGCCGACGCCGGUGUACAAGUACAAGUCUCCACCACCCCCACCCAAGCACCCCUACGUGUACAAAUCACCGCCGCCGCCGACGCCGGUGUACAAGUACAAGUCCCCUCCACCCCCACCAAAGCACCCCUACGUGUACAAAUCACCGCCGCCACCGACACCCGUGUACAAGUACAAAUCUCCACCACCACCUACUCCGGUGUACAAAUACAAGUCUCCCCCACCACCCAAGCACCCUUACGUGUACAAGUCCCCUCCGCCGCCGACGCCGGUGUACAAGUACAAGUCACCCCCACCCCCACCCAAGCACCCGUAUGUGUACAAAUCACCACCACCACCAACUCCGGUGUACAAGUACAAGUCACCACCACCACCCACUCCAGUUUACAAGUACAAAUCACCUCCUCCACCAACACCAGUCUACAAGUAUAAAUCGCCACCACCACCCAAGCACCCAUACGUAUACAAAUCACCACCGCCGCCAACCCCAGUCUACAAAUACAAGUCACCACCACCACCCACACCAGUUUACAAGUAUAAAUCUCCUCCACCACCCAAGCACCCAUACGUGUACAAGUCACCACCACCACCGACCCCGGUCUACAAAUACAAGUCACCUCCGCCACCGGUGCACAAGCCUUACUACUACUCUUCCCCGCCUCCUCCUCACCACUACUGAUCAACCAAUUUUCACACUAUCCAUGAAAUGGGAAUGUCUGAAAUAAAAAAGAAAAAAAGGUGGCUGCAUGUGGGCUGAAAGCGAUGGAUCCAUGCAUCAAGAGAGGAAAGUGAGCAUGAUUAUAUUAUUACAAUAAGAAGCCAAACGCAGGCGCUCUUCUCAUAAUUUAUUUCUUGUGUUUUCUUUAAUGUUACCGCAUAUGUUUGCUUUUCCCAUCUUUGUGUAAUUUCAUAUCUUCUAUAUUAUUCUCCUGGCACAAUGCAUAGGUUUGUUCAAUCCAAUAAAAUAUGUUUCUUUUCUA